GAAAAUUCAGUAAUGUGUAUAUAUACAUAUACACGUAUAUAUCUAUAUACGAGAAUUCAACCCUUCGUUAACAUAAAAAUAGAGCGUCAAAAACACUUCUAAAACAUUUGCCUUCGAGAGAGGAAUCUAAUGGCAAAAGAAUCACUGAAAACGGUCAUGAAACGAGGGAGAAAUCGUUCACCGGAGUCCGUCGGAGUAUUACCGGACCGGUUUUCACGCUGAGGGAUCGUGUCUCGAUCUCUUCGCCGGAGUACAGCUGUACGCCGGACUGAUUUGAUAACGUCGGACGAGGUCGCUGCCACCAAACAUCGCCAUCGAGCCACCGCUGCCGUGUCUUGCCUAGUGUUGAGUUGCUGCAGACACGAUACAUAAGGUUAUUUUGGUGAAGAUUGAGGUUUAAAGCUUCGGUUAGGAAUAUCACGAUUGAGGUAAGUACUAUGUCAACCAAGUUUCAUGCUUUUCCCAUAUAAAUUUAUUUGUGACUAGUUAUUUGAGAUCAUUUGAGUAUAUGAUAGUUAAUGAGAUUUUACGUAUCAAUUGUGAUUGUGAAUUAUAUAUAUUCGAGAUUUGAGUAUUUUUAUAUUGAGUGAUAUUUUGAGCAUUUGAAUGUACAUAUGAAUUGUUAUUGGAUUGAGAUUUGAGAUUUGAGCUAUUCAUGAAGUAUCCUAUAUUUUGGACUAUUUAUGUAAUAUUUGAGUAUGAUGAGUUGGAGUUAAUAAUUUCAUUGUGAAUAAUUUUGUGGAAUUUGGAUUUCAUAUCCAUUUGAUUGAUGUUAUGAUACUUGAAAUUGAGAUUGGAUUAUGAUUUUUGUGAGUACUCGGAGAAAGGUGGAUUUGGUGAGUGGUAAUGGCUAUAAGUCUAAUUCCACCAGGGAUCUCCCAAAAGUGGAGCAUCCCAGCUUAAUUGUAGUAGUCGGUAGAAAAAUCCCGACUACUCAGACUUUUUACUACCCGGAGAGCUUGGAAUCUCUUUUAGGGGGUGUGCACACUUAAGGUAGGAGUUCGGCUUCCAUUGGAUUUGAUUGAGUUUGAAUGAUUGGAUUAUAUUGGGAUUUAUUUGGACUUGGAUUCCAUUGGUAUUGAGAUGAAUUGGUUUCGAGGCUUUGAGGUGAAUUUCAUUGGAAUUGAGGUGAUUUGGAUUAUUUUGUUGGACUUGAUUGAGUUGAAUUGAAUUAUAUUAUACUAGAUUAUUUGAGUGUGUUAUAUUUUUUGGAUUGGGUUGAAAUUGAGGUGGUUGAAGUUAUUAAAUUAUUUAUGGAUUUCCAAAGUAAUACUUUUGGUUUUGAUUAAAUAUAUGUACCUAUAUUUGGAAUAAUAUUAUUUUACAUGUGAUUUGUGAUGAGAAAUUUGUAUAAAGUGUUUUAUAAGGUUUCCUCCCAAAUGUUUUCACAAAAUGAUAUAUAUGUAUCAAACAUGAUUAUUUUACAGGGUUGGGUGGGCCUUACUUAGCAUUUCCAGCUAAUUUUUGUUUCUUUGUGUUUUUCUUUCUGUACUUUAUUUGUGCAGGAAUUGAGGAUCAUAUUGAAGUUGAUUUCGAGAGCUUCCGCUAGAACACAUAGACUAAAGUGAUUAAGUAAUUUAUUUUAGUCUUAAUUUUAAAGAAUUGUAGUUGAACAGUUAAUUAUGGAAAAUUUUAAUUUGUUGGUGGUGGAUAGCCUGUGCACUCGGUUAUGUGAGAACCGAGUGUGGCGGUAACGCCCCUGUUUCCCUUUGAAUUUUCUGUUGCAAGACUCUGAUGUUUUCGAAUAAAUCAUUAGUUACUUUGAAUAAAUCAUUAUUCAAAUGUAUUUUUGGGUGGGAAAUUUGGGGGUGUUACAAGUUGGUAUCAGAGCCUUUGAUUUUUAAAUUGGGAAUUUUCAAACAAAACUUUCCUUAUGUGACUACGAUCUUCAAAAAGACUCUCUUUUAAAAUCGAUUGAAAUUUUUCAAAAAGUUUCCAGAAACGUUUUUUUUUCUUCUUUGAAAAAAAAAUUUAUAUCGAUCUUUUAAUGCUCUUAUACAAAAAGAAAAAGAAAUUUAGGAAUAAUAAGUCUUAUUAAAAAAAAAAAAAAGAACAAGUCAAGGAAAAAAAAACCUAGGAUACGGGUGAGAUGUGAGAUUUUGAAAUCUAUUUUGAUGGAGUUUGUGGUUCUUUGAAUUGUUUGAGUUAUACUUAUAUGAGAUAUAUCACUAUUGACUCAGUUGAGAAUGAGUUUGGACUUUUAGAGGAACUUACCAAAUUAUGUGAGUAAUGAAUUAAUAGUGAAGGUAGUAUAAUUGUGAAUGUCAUUGAUAUACUUCGUGUCCUAAACAUUAUUCUUUCAAGUAGACAAUGAAGUCAACGAGAACCAAAAUAGAAGACAAUAUCGCCGCACCGACGAAUGCGGAGUUGGCUCAAAAUGUGGUUCAACUCAUCCAGACUAUCGGGAGUGUGUUAAUUCAGAACCAACACCAACAACGUCUCAAAAACCGCAAUGAUGUAGCGAAACUUGUAGCGAAGCGCAAUCCACCGUGUUAUUUAGGCCAAGAAGAUCCUCUCAUCCUUGAGGAUUGGAUUCGCACUUUCGACAAACUCUUCGAUGCUAUAAACUGCCCUACAGAUCAACGAAUUAAUACGGCUGCGUACUAUCUACGUCAAGAAGCAGACAAUUGGUGGGCCACGACUGCCCUAACGUUGCGUCAACAACCCGACUUUUCUUGGGAGACGUUCAAGGAGGAAAUGCGAAAGAGAUUCUACCCAGAGCACGUGAGAGCUGAGAAGUAUGAAGAAUUCUUACACCUGAAGCAAGUAGGCAUGACUGUCCAAGAGUAUCACGCUAAAUUCUUGAAUCUCGCACGAUUUGCUCCCACGCUAGUUCCCGAUGAAAUCGAGAAAACUAACAAGUUUAUACGCGGUCUGAACUUCGAGACACAAAAAGCUCUUUGCGUUUCAGAAUGUCAAACGUUGAACGAUGCCUACAACAAAGCUGGCAAGCACUAUCGAGUGCAACAACUCCAGAAGAAAACACUCAAGAGAGCGAGGAAGGGGACCGAAGAAGAAAGCAAACGGGGAGGCAAACGACACAAGCUUAUAAAUCAGCCAGGGGAGACCCACAUUGGUAACAAGAUCAACAACCAAGGCCAAGACCAGAAACGUAAGAAGAAGAACCACACCGAGAAGACACACUUCUAUUGCUCGAAGUGUGGAAAAGAUCACCCUGGGAAAUACUGUGACAGAACACUUGUACGAUGUUUUCAUUGUGACAAGCUUGGACAUAGGGUGUUCGAGUGUCAUUCAAGGAAGAAAGGAAUCCCUCCAACUCGUGGACUCAAUCAUCAUGGAAAGAAUGCUAAACACAACGGAAGAAUAUGAAAAUACUAAGACGAAAUUACAUAAAAUCUCUAAUCUUCAAUAUUAGUAAAUCUGUUUGACGAUUAUGUAUCGUUUUGGUCUUGAAUGAAUAAUCUAUAAAUUCAAUACUUCGCGGGCGAAGCAUUCUUUUAAGGAGGGUAGAAUGUGACACUCCAUAAAUUUAACAAAAAGAAUUAACUAAGAUGUAAUAUCUGCUAUUUGUACAUAUGGAUAUUUUUUUAACUUAUGCUUCGGGACGAAGCAUCUUUUAAGGAGGGUAGAUUGUGACACCCCAAAAGUUUAAAUAAAAUAAAUAAUUUUAUUAGUCAAAUAAAAUAAGAGAUAUUAUAAUAAAUAAGUGAAUCAGAUAAAAUUUUAACAUCAGUAACAACUUUAAUUAGAUAAAAAUGUUUCAUUAAUAAAAGUGAUAUUCUAACAAUCUUAAUUCAAAGGUGUAUCAGAUAAUAAUACGUGUACACAAAUACUCUAAAAUAAUACGGAGUAUGAAGCAAUAUUAAAAGAGUUGGUACUUUGGAAAUUUAACGCCUACAUACCUAUCUGCCAUACCCAAUAACUAUAUCAUACUCCGUACAUAUCAAUAAUAUGCUAGAUAUCUAUUCAUAACCAUAUCAAUUAUCAUACAUAAGAAUAAUGCAUUUAAAUGGCCAUAUACAUGCAUGCCAUCAAAAAUGAAUGACCAAGGCACAUGCCUAUGCCAUAAGCUAAUCGAUGAGGCUGGAUACAUACAACUAAUUAAGACCUUUGGCUGAUUCUAGACAUGUCUUGCGACUUGCGAACUACUACUACACUUCAACCGAGCUACGUGUUCUUUCCUCCGCCAAGAGAAAACCAGCGAGUAUUCAUUCACAUAUAUAAAAAUACUUACUUAUAUACGGAGGUAGCACUACGGAGUACAAAACAAUAAUGCAAUAUAAUAAUGGCAGCAACACUUCGAUCACACCAGCAUGAAUAAUUGCAUGUGUUCUAUUGCACAACAGUACGUCGGCCGCCCAUACUCAAUCCCACUAGACAUACACUCGGCUAAUCAUGCGUAGGAGUACCGAUAAGCUUCAGCAGACAAGUAUAAAUAGGGACGAGGAGUUAAGCUAUUCUGCACACCAAGAAAAUUCAGUAAUGUGUAUAUAUACAUAUACACGUAUAUAUCUAUAUACGAGAAUUCAACCCUUCGUUAACAUAAAAAUAGAGCGUCAAAAACACUUCUAAAACAUUUGCCUUCGAGAGAGGAAUCUAAUGGCAAAAGAAUCACUGAAAACGGUCAUGAAACGAGGGAGAAAUCGUUCACCGGAGUCCGUCGGAGUAUUACCGGACUGGUUUUCACGCUGAGGGAUCGUGUCUCGAUCUCUUCGCCGGAGUACAGCUGUACGCCGGACUGAUUUGAUAACGUCGGACGAGGUCGCUGCCACCAAACAUCGCCAUCGAGCCACCGCUGCCGUGUCUUGCCUAGUGUUGAGUUGCUGCAGACACGAUACAUGUACUGUAAUCUUGCCUCUAUUACUUCGUACGUUGUUUUGUCUUAAUUAUGCGAAGUAUUAACUGUUGUCUAAGCUGGAGUAUGAAGAUGGGCUUGGUUUUAACCAAACAAGAAGGAUUAACUAUUGAACUGGUUAAUAAAUACUCCGUAUAUUACUAGUAAUAUAAAACUGGCAGAAAUAAUAAUAAAACUACAUUAUUUUAAGGAUACUAAAAAGGGAUAUGUAACCAUGAAAAUUUGACAGAAGAGGAAUAAUCAGAGAAUCGAAUUAUUCGGCAGAUGAAUUAUAUUUAAUUAUUUUUAUAGAAUUAUAAAAAUAGGCUGAUUAAACUAUUAAAGUAAAACGAAUUGGAUGGAAUAAAACAAACGUUUGACAUUCCAGUUGGGUCAGAUAAUUAAACAGAUUGAACCAAAGGGGUUAUUUCCGAUUAAUGAAUUACUAUUCAAAUAAAUGAAUAUAAGUGAUUAUUCAUGAAUGAACGAAUCUAAAUCAUAAUUGAUUAGUAAUUCUCAAAGGACUAGAACAAUUAUUAAUUCUAGAAUUUUAAAUAUUCUUAGAAGGUUAUUUUGGUGAAGAUUGAGGUUUAAAGCUUCGGUUAGGAAUAUCACGAUUGAGGUAAGUACUAUGUCAACCAAGUUUCAUGCUUUUCCCAUAUAAAUUUAUUUGUGACUAGUUAUUUGAGAUCAUUUGAGUAUAUGAUAGUUAAUGAGAUUUUACGUAUCAAUUGUGAUUGUGAAUUAUAUAUAUUCGAGAUUUGAGUAUUUUUAUAUUGAGUGAUAUUUUGAGCAUUUGAAUGUACAUAUGAAUUGUUAUUGGAUUGAGAUUUGAGAUUUGAGCUAUUCAUGAAGUAUCCUAUAUUUUGGACUAUUUAUGUAAUAUUUGAGUAUGAUGAGUUGGAGUUAAUAAUUUCAUUGUGAAUAAUUUUGUGGAAUUUGGAUUUCAUAUCCAUUUGAUUGAUGUUAUGAUACUUGAAAUUGAGAUUGGAUUAUGAUUUUUGUGAGUACUCGGAGAAAGGUGGAUUUGGUGAGUGGUAAUGGCUAUAAGUCUAAUUCCACCAGGGAUCUCCCAAAAGUGGAGCAUCCCAGCUUAAUUGUAGUAGUCGGUAGAAAAAUCCCGACUACUCAGACUUUUUACUACCCGGAGAGCUUGGAAUCUCUUUUAGGGGGUGUGCACACUUAAGGUAGGAGUUCGGCUUCCAUUGGAUUUGAUUGAGUUUGAAUGAUUGGAUUAUAUUGGGAUUUAUUUGGACUUGGAUUCCAUUGGUAUUGAGAUGAAUUGGUUUCGAGGCUUUGAGGUGAAUUUCAUUGGAAUUGAGGUGAUUUGGAUUAUUUUGUUGGACUUGAUUGAGUUGAAUUGAAUUAUAUUAUACUAGAUUAUUUGAGUGUGUUAUAUUUUUUGGAUUGGGUUGAAAUUGAGGUGGUUGAAGUUAUUAAAUUAUUUAUGGAUUUCCAAAGUAAUACUUUUGGUUUUGAUUAAAUAUAUGUACCUAUAUUUGGAAUAAUAUUAUUUUACAUGUGAUUUGUGAUGAGAAAUUUGUAUAAAGUGUUUUAUAAGGUUUCCUCCCAAAUGUUUUCACAAAAUGAUAUAUAUGUAUCAAACAUGAUUAUUUUACAGGGUUGGGUGGGCCUUACUUAGCAUUUCCAGCUAAUUUUUGUUUCUUUGUGUUUUUCUUUCUGUACUUUAUUUGUGCAGGAAUUGAGGAUCAUAUUGAAGUUGAUUUCGAGAGCUUCCGCUAGAACACAUAGACUAAAGUGAUUAAGUAAUUUAUUUUAGUCUUAAUUUUAAAGAAUUGUAGUUGAACAGUUAAUUAUGGAAAAUUUUAAUUUGUUGGUGGUGGAUAGCCUGUGCACUCGGUUAUGUGAGAACCGAGUGUGGCGGUAACGCCCCUGUUUCCCUUUGAAUUUUCUGUUGCAAGACUCUGAUGUUUUCGAAUAAAUCAUUAGUUACUUUGAAUAAAUCAUUAUUCAAAUGUAUUUUUG